GCCCCUCCGUCGCUCACCGGCACUCCACACUUCCACAGACUGAUCAACAAUGAUCUAGCAGCAGCAGCAGCAGCUUGCCAUCGAGCUGGGACGCGACACGUACGCGUAGCUAGCCGCUCACGUCUAUCUUGCUACCUAGCUUGCCAACUGACGGUGCAGUGCUAUGACGUCGCGCCACCGGCGGCAGCCGUCGCGCGCGCUGCCUGUGGACUUUGACGCCGUCGACGUCGGCGAUGAGCCCGUGGGAGGCGCCACAUCCAAGGGCGCGGCGCCGACGCGCGGCCCCGGUGCCGGCGGCCGUAGCGAUGGCGCCAAAGCUGCGGGGCAGGAAGGCCCUGCCAAGAAGCUGCCUCCGGCCGCUGGCGGCGGCCGCUCGCCGACGGCGGAGGGGGCCGGGAAGGGGCCGUGCGACGGCGGCAACAGUAGCGCCUAGGCAGGUGGCCGCACGUUGCCGGCACAUGGCACUCGGACGUUGUUCGAUCUGCCCGAAAUGAAAAGUACGGCGUAGCUUGGCCGUGCUCUGUCUUUUGCCCGACGAUCUCUACAAUGUUUGGGAGUCCAGUCCAGUCCAGUAUGUGAUCCCUAGCUACUACUCAGUGUUUAUCUAUGUUCGUUCGUGUGGAGAGCUCCCAUCCACUGUACGUACCUCUGCUGGCUAAUCUGUAUCAAGUGUACAAACGUGCUAGUAUUUUUGCAUAAUGCAAAUACCGUAAGCAAUAA